CUUCCCUAAAACUGUCAUUGUUGGCUCUGUGUGUGAUCCUGUCCCCUUGUGUAUCCGGUUGAACUCCCAUCAUACACUUCCACUUCUCCCUGUUAUUGCUGUCAUGAAUGACUUUAACUUACUCUACAUUAUACUCGGCAUUGUCUUCUGGUGCUGUUUCUUCACCUGCAGCUGUCUGUGCAGGAGCGCUGCCAAUCCAAACUCUGAGGUGGCCGCUGCUACCCACACCUUGGUCACCGCUACACCUCAGCAGUAUCCACAGCAGUACCCUCAGUACCCAGUACCCCCUCAGUCCUAUCAGAGAGUGCCCUACCAGCCAGUACCAGGGCACCCUGGUUACCCAGCUAUGCCUGGCAAUCAAGCUGUGCCCAUGACCACACCACUCAGCCAUGAACAGCCAUUUACACCACCACCAUCGUAUCAGGAUGCAAUUGGUCCCACCUAUCCUCUGCAACCAAUCAACCAAUCUUCCAGCCAGCCAGAGUACGCUUCAAAGCCUGCAGCCCAGCCGCAGUUCAAUGCUCUAACUGACAGCUCAGACUUCCUCGCCAGCUCGGCAAACAACCAGGAAUUUGUUCUACCAUAUAGGCUGGAAACUUAGUGUAUCAAUCAGACAGAAAAAUGCUGCAACAUUUUCAAAUUUGGCUCAGUUGGGAGUAUGUAAUUUGAGUGAAGAAGAAGGAACUCAAGAAUAACUUGCUUCUAUACUUUGAUUUUGAUUUCAAUGGCUCUAUCUUGGGUAUUUUGGGAAAUUAAACAUGAGACCACCAUUUCUGGAUAUUUUGCAUAAAAAAGCCGAUUUUUGCUCAUAUAGUUGAAAAGUAAAAUGGAAUCGUCAAAGAAAACUGCAAACAACGCAUCUCUAAUGUCUGUGGAUAUCAUCUCUUUGCCAUCUGUCAAAUUAUUGCACACUCAUGAAAUGCUUUGAACCUUUUUUUCCCCUG